CAACAAUUAUUAGUCCCGAGAGCAAUCAAAUCCAAUUUUCUCCAGAAAUUUCUGAGAUUUGAAAAAUGUCUGGUCGUGGAAAGGGAGGCAAGGGUUUGGGCAAAGGAGGAGCCAAGCGUCACAGGAAGGUUCUGAGAGACAACAUCCAAGGAAUCACGAAGCCGGCGAUUCGGAGAUUGGCCCGUAGAGGAGGCGUCAAGCGAAUUAGCGGUCUGAUCUACGAGGAGACACGUGGCGUCCUCAAGAUCUUUUUGGAGAACGUCAUCCGCGACGCCGUCACUUACACCGAGCACGCACGGAGGAAAACGGUGACGGCCAUGGAUGUGGUUUAUGCUCUCAAGAGACAAGGAAGAACUCUUUAUGGAUUCGGCGGCUAGGGUUUUAUAAAAUUGCUUUGUCUUCUACUUUUGCUGUAUGUUUCAGAGUUUGGUGUUCAAUCUAGAAAAACACUAGAAAGUUGAGGAUGUAUUUGCAAUUUGGUUAAUACAGUCUCAAAUGUUGAUCCUCUUUUAGUAAUUACA